GCUCCGCCGGCGCCCCCUCAGGUGCGCGGCGCGGGGCGGAGCGGGGCGGCGCGGCCCCGGCCCGGCCGCCGCAGCGGCACGGCGGGCCCGUCACGUGGGGCGGCGCCGCUGCGGUCCCUCCGCUUCCACCUGCCCCGCGGCGCCCGGCGCGGCCAUGGGGCUGCGGCGGCCGCCCGCCCCGCACCCGGCACCCCGGGCCGCCCGCCGCCGCUCGGCGUAGAGGCCAGGCGGGCGCGGAGCCGCCGCGCUUCCCCCCCGCGCUGAAGGGCAGGCGGCGGCGACCCGCCAUGGAGAAGGCGGCGGCGGCGGCGGAGCCCCGGCAGGGCGCGCUGGCGCCGCUCACCGCCAUCUGCCUGGUGAAUCUAUUCCUGAGCGGGAAAAUAGAAAGUGCUGUUACCUCAUUAGCUGCUUGCAGUGGAGAACUGGAACAGCACACAGAGAGACGGGGAGUCAUCUAUAGUCCUUCUUGGCCAUUGAACUAUCCUCCAGCUGUAAACUGCAGCUGGUACAUUCAAGGAGAUCGUGGAGACAUGAUAACAAUUAGUUUUAAGAACUUCGAUUUGGAAGACUCUCAGAAGUGUGCAGUAGACUGGUUGAUGAUUGGCCCCUCUUCCAAGAGGGAGGAGUACAAAGUAUGUGGAUCUUCCAUACCUCCGUCUUUCAUCUCUGCAAGGGACCAUGUUUGGAUAUUUUUUCACUCAGAUGCAUCAAGCUCAGGACAGGCUCAGGGAUUUCGCCUUUCUUAUAUUAGAGGAAAGAUAGGUCAGGCUGCGUGCCAGUCAGAUGAAUUCCGUUGUGCAAAUGGAAAGUGUAUUCCCAGUACUUGGAAGUGUAAUUCCAUGGAUGAGUGUGGUGAUAAUUCGGAUGAGAGAAACUGCACCGUCCCUCCAACAGAGCCUCCCUCCAGCAUCUGUCCCUCAGGAAUGUUCCAGUGCAGUGCAGCCCACUCCACCAAGUGCUUGAUGAACGAGCUGAGAUGUAAUUCAGUUAAGGACUGCAGUGAUGGUUCGGAUGAAGAUAAUUGUCCCGAUCUUUCCUGUGGGAAAAGGCUGGGUAAUUUUUAUGGAUCUUUUGCUUCCCCAGACUUAUUCCGUGCUGAUCACAGCAGAUCAGACCUUCGUUGCACGUGGUACGUGGACACACAAGAUAAUCGACACGUUCUGUUGCAGCUUGAUUUGCAGUUAGGCUACAAUGACUAUGUAAAGGUGUAUGAUGGCAUCGGGGAGAGAGGUGAUAAACUAAUGCAAACAUUUUCAUAUCACAACAAUAGGCAUUCGGUGAGCGUGGAGUCAUCAAAGGGCCAGCUCACUGUCUCGUAUCAUGCCCGCUCCAAGAGCACUGGCCAUGGGUUCAAUGCAACCUAUCAGGUGAAAGGCUAUUGUCUUCCUUGGGAGCACCCUUGUGGAAGCGAUGAAGAGUGUUUCACAGAUAAGCAGCAUUGUGAUGGCUGGUGGCACUGUCCAAAUGGCAAAGAUGAGGAGAACUGUCCUGCCUGCCAGAAGAACGAAUACCCAUGUGAAGGAAACAGUGGGCUCUGUUACUCAAUACUUGACCGCUGUAAUAACCAAAAGAACUGCCCGGAUGGCUCGGAUGAAAAAAACUGCUUUACUUGCCAGCCAGGAAACUUCCAUUGUGGUACAAAUCUGUGCAUCUUUGAGACUUGGCGCUGUGACGGCCAAGAAGACUGCCAGGAUGGAAGUGAUGAGCAUAACUGCCUGGUGAUUGUUCCCAGGAAGGUCAUCACAGCUGCUCUGAUCGGGAGUCUUGUGUGUGGCCUGCUGCUGGUGAUAGCACUGGGUUGUGCAUUUAAAUUAUAUUCUCUGAGGACCAGGGAGUACAGAGCGUUUGAGACCCAGAUGACGCGACUGGAGGCAGAGUUUGUGCGGCGAGAAGCUCCUCCUUCCUACGGGCAGCUGAUUGCACAAGGACUUAUCCCCCCUGUUGAAGACUUCCCUGUCUACAACGCAUCGCAAGCUUCUGUGCUGCAGAACAUCCGAACAGCCAUGAGGAGGCAGAUGAGACGACACUCGUCAAGACGGAGCUCAUCUCGGCGGCGCUUGGGCAGGCUCUGGAACAGACUCUUCCACAGACCUCGGGUGAGAGGACAGAUCCCGCUGCUGACGCCCGCCCGCACUUCACAGACUACGCUGGGUGAUGGAAUCAUCAACCGCGCCGAUGGGACUAUUCGGAGUCCUCCACCUUCCCCCGAAGGACCUAGUUUAGAGGCAAAUACCCAUGGUCAAGCCAGGGGCCUACAAGAAGCUGGGUGCAACAGCUUGCAGCCAGAGACUGAAAUCACAGAGCCAUCGCCUUCAAACGUCUUACUGAAUACUUGCACAGCAGCACACGCAGAGCCGGAGGCUGGACACGCUGAUAAACCUUUAGGUGCUGAGACCUCUGGCAGCGAGCUUAAGCAGUCCAGUAAAGCGGAUUCAGGAAAGACUUUCAGAGAUCCUUUAUCUGAAAGUGUUGCAGAAACGAUCCAUGGAGGGUCAGCAUCCAGGAGGACUGUCCCAGAGGACAGUAGCUUAAGUAGAAGUCAUCCGCUGAGUGAAGAGCCAUGCAGGUUACCCUUAAAAAAGUGGGAGUCUGCUUAUUCAGACAGCCCUGUGAAUGUUCAUAUCCAAGUGGAUGGACAAAACCGAUGUUGCCCUAACUCGUACCGGGAGGAGCCUUUGGGUAUUCAUGCGGCUUGUUGCCAUUCUGUGGAAGUGCCAAUGUUGGAGUCCUCUACUCCCCUCUCUGAAAUCAAUACCAGUGAUGAUGAAUCUUUACUUGUUUGCUAAUAAAAAUUUUUGGUUUGGCUCUGUAAAUUUUGUAAGUCAUUGUUUAUAUGACAGUGCACUUUGAAGAUAGAUGGUAUGUCUGUGCUCUCAACUUUGUCUCGUAAAACCAGCGUGCUUUAAUCCCACAGGGAGUACAGUACAAGACUAACCGGGACGAGUUUUUGUCUUCAUUGCUAUUCCUGAAACUCCAGUGGGGCAGAAGUAGGCCAGUAUGCGAUGUCAGGGACUAGGAGAGCAAGAGUGUGUCACUGCAGUUUGGAGGUAUCUCCAUCCUCUAGUAUUUCUUCUGUGCAUUUAUUCACGCUGUGUUCAGGGAAUUAGCGUUUCUUUGCUUUUCAAGUGGUCUUACUGCAACUAGAGAGAACUCUGUUGGAACCUGGGGCAGGCGCCACUCAUUGUAACUAUGAGUGCUAAACUAGAAAUAACAUUGCUGUCUUUUUAGACAUCGUAGUUUAAUUAAAAUGUAAUAUUUUUAAUUACAAAUAUUUAGAAGGAAAUAAAAUCCUUCAUAGCUUCCUCUUUAUAGAAGUUGCGCACUUCCUUUGCUCCCUUCAGAAAUGUUUUGAUGGCCAUAUGUACCUUGAAGCAUCCACUAAAACCAAAGUUUCUGUAUAGGAUACCCAGAAUGAUUCCAGGUGUCUUACCUGCCACAGCUUUGUAACGGGAGGUGAGCGGUGUUCAGUGUGAGUGGAGCGCAUCGAGCCCCAGUGGCAGCAGUAUUUCUUUUUUGUGUUGUCGUAUGUUGCAUUCUCUUCAUAGUGAUGUUGUGAAGGUUGAAGAAUUCUUUGCCUUCUCCCUACCCUCGUUUUCCCCUCCUCCCUUCUCUUUUCAGGGACUUUCAUGAUUGUACCACUUUGGGUGUGCCCUGAAGGAUUCUGAGGCUUCACAGCUCCCGUCGCUGCAGCGGGAAGCACUGAGCACUUGGUAACUGUCAGGGUCAGACUUCUGUUUUAUACUGAAAUAAAAUCUGCUUCACAAGUUUGCUUGUAAAUCUGCUACCUAGGUGCAGAUGUAUAAAUCAGGUUUCUUUAUUUUUAGAGGAUGCUAUUUUGUUUGCUUUCUUCUUUUUAUGAACUGAAAUAGGUCAGUGCCAUUUUCAAAGCUGAUGGUGUAUGGAUUGCACAACACUCAAAUGUAAACUGGUGCCUUUUUGGUUUUUAGAGUGUAAUUGAAAGCAAACAAGUUAUUUGGCUGGAAUAAGGGUGACGUUGCUUGGCCAGGAGUGACAUUAUCCUGUGAUAGCUUGGCCCUGUUGCAGUGGCCGGGCUCCCCCGUGCUCUAACGAGCUCUGCUUCAGUUCCCUUGUGGCACAGGGACAAACAAAAACACUUUAUGUAGAAACUCACAAGGCAGUUGAUGCUGCUGCUCUGUAAAUGCCCGAGUGCCCUGAAACUUGUUUGUUGCUGUAGGAAUUCAAGUUGUCCAAAGUCAUGAACUGAACCUGUAAAACCGAGGUGAAUUUGGCAUCUGCGGGCCUGGGCUCUGCUGUCCACCGGACCCUGCUGGCUGUGAAGGCACACGGGCUUUCCCAGUGAACAUCACAAUUUACAUCAAAGUGUCAAAGAUGUUUUUCCUUUAAAUGGGUUAUAUUUUGCCCUGGAUCUUUUACUAGGACUCCCUUUGGGAGUGCCUGAAAAAAACCAAGGAAAAGGACUUUGGCUUUACUGAAACAUAACACGGAAGAAUUAAAUUUAAGUGAUUUUUUUUUUUUUUUUUAAUCCAGUUGCGAAUUGGAUUCAUACUGCGCAUUCCAGAGGCAGAAGAUUGAAACUCCUUUAGGGCAUUGCUAGCAGGAAGGGCUUGUGGCAAAAUGCGUAACAAGUAAGCGUCGUAGUUAGAUAAAAUAAAUACUGCUCAGUCAUUUUUUCCAAGUGCUUCUGUGAUCAGAAUUCAUUUCAUCAAAGGAAAUGUAGUUUUGAAAGAGAUCUUGCUUUCAUGGCAUUUGUAAACAUUUUAGGCACGUUCCACCUUUGCAAGGCCACGUUCUGUAGUCAUUGCACUGCCAGGGUUGUUCGCAUCGAAGGCUACAGGUUUUAGUGUCUUUUUUUUAUAUGUCUAAAGUUAAUUUUAAAUACAUAGAAUUGUGUACGUAAAGUAGUUAAUUAUAAUUGGAGGAAGAUUAUAUUUCAAGGUUAGUAUUGUGCAGAUAUGAAGGACCUUAGAAAUAAGUGUAUAUUUAGUUCUGUUACAGAAAUGUAUUUCUGUAAUAAAAUAACAUUGGUCAUACUAUGCCUUAAACUAUCGCUGCUGUAAAGCUCUUAAGGUUGAAGUAUGUACUUCAGAAUACUGCUGUACUUUAGGAACAACCCUGAACAGCUAACACUGUAUUUUAUAUUAAGAUUUGUAACUUCACAUAAUUUCUUAUGUAUAUCAUACAUAUUUUGUGUACUGAUCCAUUUGGUAACUUGGUGGAAAUUUCAUUGAGAAGGUUUUAUUUUUGAAAAUUUAAAAAAAAAAAAAUCCAGGUUAAUGAAAAUUCUGUACAUUUCAAGCAUCAAAACGUUCACAGCCCUCACUACUGGAGUUCGUAGCCUGGAGCAUCGAUGGGAGACACGAGCCCGGGGCUCUUUGUAAGCACCUAACCCGUAUUCUGACAGGCAGCGUUCUCUCCCGGAUCCCCCGGGCCCGUUCCCUGGAGGGAAGAGUCACAAAUUUCCUGUUAAUUUUGCAGGAGAAAUCUCUGUGUCUGCACUGUGAGCACAAACCGGAGCGUUGCAGGUUCCUGGAAUGUCAGCCCCUGAGGGAACCGCGUGGCCCGUCGGUGUCUGCCCUGGCCAGCAUCAGGCACCGAAUCCGCCCUCCUCCAGGCCACCUGCGUUCUGUUUCAUGUAAGCUGCUGCCCUGUACCCACAGCUUCCUCAAAUUAAAAAAAAAAAAAAAAAGUGGGAAACUGCGACUGUGCCAGACAUGGACACAAAGAUCUCAUUGUUGUGUUUCUUUGCUCAGUGGAAAAUACCACACUUCAGUGACUAAACAGCCUAAUGUUAAUCAGCUAAUAAUCUUGAUAAAAUUUCUGUUAUUUUAAUAAUGCUUUUCUGCACUCUUCUAAGAUUUUUGUAGACAGAAGGGAAACACAGUAUUUAAGACCGUUUUUAUUGUUGUUUGUUUGUUUGGGUUUUUUUUUAAAGAUACAAAACUCCCCAGUCCAAGCAGCCAAAAACCCCUCUGUAAAAAAGCCCCUGAGUAGAGAAGAAUACCUAUGCUGGUUUAAGAAGAAUGGACGCGCAUAGACAGCAUUAAGGGAUAAGUGACCCCCCUAUGUUUUCUCUUACUGCUAGUAACACAUGGGGAAUAUUUCUGUUCGGAAUUCUGGCACCUUCCAGCUUCUGUAUGACUGUAAAUCCCUUAAGCGUACUUGUUUUAUUUUUCUAUUCUCUGCUUUUUUUUUUUUUGUUUGUUUUAUUUUUAUUUACAUGUUGUAUAUAUUCCUUUAGAUAUGACAUUUUACCAUAAUGUAUGCACAGGUAUAUGGUUCAGGUAUGGCAUCAUGGUUGCCGGUGUCUGCUGGUUCCUGGACAAUGAUACUAAACAAGUAAGAUGCUGGGCAUCAUCAAACUUUGCUCUCGCUUUGGAUCUAUUAAUUUUUAAUAAAAUUUGACAUGCCCAGA